AUGUUUGCUACUGCUUUGAAGACUGGUAAAGUCGCCUCUUUUGCUCCAGCCCAACGUUUGUUCUCCAGCAGCUCGUUGUUAAUGCGUACCAAGGUGUUCUUUGACACCUCUAUCAACGGUACCAAGAUGGACAGAAUCGAAUUCGAGCUAUACGAUGAUAUUGUUCCUAAGACUGCUGAAAACUUCAGAGCUUUAUGUACUGGUGAGAAGGGUUUCGGCUACAAGGGUGUUCCUUUCCACAGAAUCAUUCCAAACUUCAUGUUGCAAGGUGGUGACACUGACUUGACCAACGGUUACGGUGGUCGUUCCAUCUAUGGCAACAAGUUUGCUGAUGAAAAUUUCCAAGAGAGACACACCAAGCCAGGUUUGUUGUCGAUGGCUAACGCUGGUCCAAACACCAACGGCUCUCAAUUUUUCAUCACCACCGUUCCAUGCCCAUGGUUAGAUGGUAAGCACGUUGUUUUCGGUGAAGUUACCGAUGGUAUGAGCACUGUGAAGACCAUUGAGUCAUGCGGUACCGUUUCCGGUCAACCAAGAGCCAAGGUUGUUAUUGAGGACUGUGGUGAAUUGAAGGAAUAG